GCUGACAUUUGUGUUUUGAAUGAAACGCGGUUGACGGCAGCAGCUUGACGCUCAGCGUUUGUUUACCCUAAUUCGCGUAACUGUUGCAUAGUUGGUUAAAGUUGGUGGCUGGUAAACGUUGGAAGUUGUAAAAAGUGUCCCAGGACUGCAGUGAUGUCCUCCAGGAAGUCAAGUUUUAGUGGGGAAGGCUUGCCUCCAGGCAGAUGUGUGGAGCGUACCCCUCUGAGAAGUGUGCAGAACGAAAUGCUGCAUCUGUCAACUCUAUUAUUGAAACCGACAAAGGCCAUUGUUCCUCUCUGUGUCCCCGAGGCCCACUUGCAAUCUCUUCCAUCCACCAAAUUGAAUCAAAUCAAUACCUCCACUAUUGUUAUAACUUCUGAGACAGCCUGUGGACUUGGAGAUGUAACAUUUAAGUCCAUCAUCUGUCCUGGUGGAGAGGUUGAGGUUCCAGGCUUCUUGGUGUGUGCAGAAGAGAGUAUUGUUUUGCCAAGCAAUCAGGCUAUUAAAAACAUGAAUGAAACGGAAGAUACAGUCAUCUCUGACAGUACAAUAGUUCAAUCCUGCAGUGACCACAAUGAACACCCCUAUUACAAUCCUGAGAUGAAAGAUGCCUCCUUGGUUGACAUUGACGCUGCAUGUCUCUGGGAAAUUUCAAACACUACACUGGCCUCUGGCGACUUGGAUGAUCGACGAGUCACGCAAGAUUUCAGCGCUUUUCCGAAUGAAUACUGUGGAAAGCAAGAUGUCACUUGUAAAUCCUUUGUUUGCGAUGGCGGUGAGGUGGACGUUUUUGAUGUCACCAGACUACAAGAUGAGACCAUUCCUCUGCCUAAGGCACAGCUGGUUGAGGCAUUACAAGAGAACAGUGUACAUUUAACAUGUCUCUCUGACGGUGGACAACUAAGACAAGCGGAACAUGCGGACCAUCCCUACUUUAGCAGUGAAAGUGCUCUUCAUGCCACCACCACCUUCUCUGAGACCACAAAUGGCUCUGAAAAGCCUGCCAAUGGACUGAGUGAUGUAACCUUCAAAUCAUUGAACUGCACUGGCGGUGUGAUUGAAAUUUCCGAUGGCACCACCGUAGCAGAUGAGACUGUUCCUCUACCAGCUGAUCAAACUGCGACCUGCCGUGAGUCAUACAAUUAUGGUAUUGAUCCAAGCAUGUUUGCUAGUGACCAAGAUUGGAAAAACAGUAAUGAUCAUUUAGAUCACCAUUACUGUAAAAUUGAAAAUUACCCAUUGAAGGAACGAUUAUCAUUUAGCCUUGAUAUUGAGGAGGAGGUUAAACAGAUAAGCUUGGUGGGAUCUGAUAGCCAGACUGGCAGACAAGAGAAACUUGGCAUUACAUUCAGCUCUUUCAGCAGCGCCAGAAGUGAUGUUGAAAUAUCCGAUGGAUUGUCUCAGAAGACGUCGCCGCUGCUUAAACAGGCGGUGAUCUGCCAGCCCCUUGAUGACAACAGUGUACCUAGUUAUGUUAUGCAGGAACACAUUCAAGAUGACCAUUUACAACCUAACAGCCAUGUGGAAAACCAUGAAGUUGUGUUCGAUACUGACCCACCAGCUAUCGGUACAUCUUCACUACCUAACACACCUUUAAAUGCGUUGGAUGGUAAAUCUGUGAGCUGUCAAAAGCAAGAAAUGUCCAAAAAGGACUCAAUGCAUCCUGAGGACAAUGCAUUGCCUUUAAUGCUUUAUAGAACAGAGUCUUCUGACUGCUGCCAUCUUGCGACUUCACCAGAAACAUCUACGCCUGUCGAUGUGCAUAUGGAACAUGUAUCUCAAGUCCAAAAAAGGAGUGGAUCCUGUGAAUCCAAUGAGGCAAUAGACAGCGCUUUGGGUUUAUCUGGAAAUGGACCUGUUCUUUGCAACUCUGCAGAAACACUUCAGGCAGAAAACUUCCCUGGUGUUUUGAAAGUGCUGUCAGAGUAUCCUUCAGGAGCAUCAGCUUUUCAGUUUGGGAUCCUCAGUCCUGUUGUUCGUAGAGCCUCUCUCGCUGCAUUAAAGGCUUUUAGGGUUCCUGCUUUAGACAAGUAUGGUCUCGAGGGUGAAAAGAGCAUGUUUGCUCCUUUUAACGUCGCCCCUGCUGAGUUAUGGGCAGAGCACAUGGAGAGCCCCAUGCCUCGACCUCUGUUUAACUCUACUGUACUAGGUUGCAAGCCUCAGUCAGAGCCAGUCGGGGAUGUGGUGGCAAAGUCUUGGACAGAGCCUCAUCCUGAAGUGGAGAAGCAGGUUUUGGAUAUACCUUUGAUUCCAGAUGGUCCCCUUCAGCAGCAGCUUCAGCAGAUGGCAGAGUUUCUUUUCUUGGCAUUAGGAAAGAUGGCUCCUGCUGCCGUCUCUGCUCCCAUUCUGCCUCCUGCUGCCGCCAUGCUCCCAUCGGCAAAAGAUACGUCUGCAGAAUCCCACAGUGUCUGUGUGGGCACCACUCCUGUUAAAUGGUUAGACCAAAGCGUCAAUACAACUGGCCAAUUUGAGAGAAAGAGGAAUAUCUCUGUGGUUGAUUCCUGCACUCUAACAGACCCUCUCCUGUGGAACCUACCUCCAGGCAGCCUGGAGUGUCUUCCCAGACAAGAGCUGGAGCAGAGGUUAAGGUCUAGCAUGAUCAUGGUGGAGGCUCUUGUGCAGCAAUUGUCUGCAUGCAGGGCUGAUGGAUGUCCUUCUGCAGGCCCUGCACCUUCAGACCUCAGGGAUAAACUUGUGCAGACAGACCACUCUGAACUCAGUCAGACCACAAUGUACAGAGACCUAUAUUUGGAGGCUCUGAGCAGGAUUGGUGAGUUGGAGUUGAAUGGAAGUUCCCUACAGAACCUCAUCCAGCAUAUGCAGGUCAUGAGGGGCACCAUGAGUUCUUUGAGUUAUGACACGGAUGCUGCUCUCUCUAACGUGAAGCAAAUCGGAGCCGUUGUCAGAGAGGAUCAUCAAAGCCUUGUUUUACAUUAUGGUCAGAUGAAGUCUGUAUUUGAGAAAACAAAGGAGAUCCACACAACAUUGCUGCAGAAGGUAAACAAUGCUUUUCACCAAAGAGAUGACAUGAGGAUGCGGAUGGAGGACGCCGUCACAACCAAGGAGGCGGCCUUCAGUGCGAUGGACCAGCUGAGGACUCACUGUGCCACUGAAGUCAUUGAGCUGGAGAGGAUUGUGGGGUCUCAGCAAGAACUGUCAGCUGCCUUAGACCAGACCUACCCAGAACAGGUGGCAUUAAUCCGGGCCUCCACGGAGAUGCUGAAUUCUGCUUCAGAUGUUUUGUCCACAACUAUGGACGAACACUGCACUUUGAUGAAAGAACUCUGCACAACCAGAGCCCUUCUGCAGAAAACCACUCCCAUGCUUCUGAAGCUGAAUGAGAAGGCAGCUUCUGCUUUGAGAGAGAGGGACGGACAUCUCUCUGCAAGAGACCAAGCUGUGGAAGAGAGAGAGCAGAUUGAAGAGGAAUUUAAAGAAGCUAAUAUGAAUCUCCAAAGUGCCACAGAACAGAUUAGUGAUUUAAAUCUGCAGGUGACAAUUCUGGCCUCAGAAAUGGGGGUGCUUCGUCAGAAGCUAACAGAAAGAGAGGAAGAGCGUGGUCUGCUGGAGACGAAGGUGACGAAGCUGUCUGCCACAGUUUCCUCCACUUUGGCCUCCUACACCUUCCUGGAGCAGGCCCUUGCUUCUGAGAGUACAAAGUUGCAGCAGUCAUGGAAGGACAUCCAGAUAACCACCGACAGAGCAAACGAGUUGGAGAGGUCACUGGGUCAGUCAGAGCAGCGUGCGUCUGAGUUCAGUCAGGCUCUGGCUCAAAGGGAGGAGCAGCUCAGUCAGCUGAAGGUCCUCUCACAAUCGCAGAAGACGCAGAUCCAGCAGCUCCAGGAAGUUUGCACACAGCUCAACGGUGUGCGUGAGAUGAACGAAUUCUUACAGGUGGAGAAUGAGUUUGCUAGGGAGCAGAUGGCUGAGAGUGAGUGUAUGCUGAGGGCCAACCUGCAGGGCCUCAGGGAGAGGAACAUCCAGUGUGAGGACCUAAAAGUAGAACGUGACCAACUUCAGCUUGAGAACAGGAGUUUGCAGGAGGAGUUGGAAACUACGAGGUCCAGAGCCGAUGCGACCCAGCUUGAGCUUGGACAGAAACUGUCACAGGCGGUCACUGAAAUUAUUUUGCUGCAUCAUACACUGCGAGGACUGACCAAUGAACUACAUACAGCUCUCAAUGAGCAGAAAUCAGAACCACAGAAGGAGUCUCAACGUCGUCACCCCUCCAGCUCCUUUGUCGACAGUGUCAUGGUUGCAUUAACUGCUGAGAAGGAGGAAGACGUCGCAACAGACACAGCUCCUGGAUCAGACUCGCCCGGGCCACCGUGUGAAAAUGUCUUCAGUGCGACGAGCGCCUUCACGCGCAUCGCAACCGUCACCCCUAAAAAGAGUUUGAACUCGGUGGAGUUUAAGCCCGGGGAGGACGAGCAGAGCAGCGUGGCCGAGCUGUUCGCUGACCUGGGCGGCACCGUCUCGGAGCUCAUCAGCACCGUGAAGCUGCUGCAGCAGCAUAAAGAUGCCCAGUUGGAGCAGCUGCACAACACCAUCUCUGGCCUGCAGGUGGAGCAGCAGGCUGCACACAACAGACACCAUGAGGAGGUGUCUGAGCUGAAGUGCCAACUCAGCAGUCUGAACAGCCUGUUUGAGAGAGGAAAUCAGGCGCUGCAGCAAAGAGCUCAGGAUGAAAAAACUGUGACAAAGCUGAUGGCGGACAUACAAGACACCCAGGAAACUCUAAAUAAACACAAGAUUGACAGCAACGAAUUGCGAAAAGAGGUGGUUGAGCUUCGUCGUUCUCUCCAUCAGUCAAAGGUGGAAACUCAAUUCCUGCAUGAGGAGUUGAGAAAAGCUGGUAGCCAAUCAGCUAACCCGGCACUUUUCAUGGAAGAGAAGAUCCAGUUAUUGAGAGAGGUGGAAAGACUGAAGUUGAGCCUUCAAGAGGUGGAGCAGACCAGAGUUAAACUCCUUGACCGAGCCAAAAGACAUCAAAUCGUCCACCAGACCAACCAGCAGAAGAGUGAGAAUGAGCUCCAGAUGCUAAACAAAAUCCUCAAUAAAGUCAGAGAGACUCUGCGGUCAUUGCCGGUGGUCGUGAAGAAUUGUGUACAACUCCAGCAGCUUAUUGACUACAUCGGCUGACUUGCUUGUUGUUGUCACCUGUGUUCAUUGUAUUUAUGUUUGUAAUGUUUGAGCUUGUCCUCGCUGUACGUGUUCCUAUUUUUAGUAUGAGUUUAAUAAAAGAAUAUGAUCUUA